AUGAAAAAGAAAGAACGAAAAAAAGUCUUGUUGUUAUUGUUACUUCGAAGAAGACGACGUAGCCUAGAAAGAAGAGCAUUAACAAAAUUGCAAAGAAGGAAAAGAUUUUGGGUCAGAGAAAUCUUUCUUAGAAGAAAAGAGCUUGGAGAAUACCAUCGUUUAUUUCAAGAACUUAAAGUUUCCGACAGAGAGUAUUUCUUUAGACAAGACACUCAUAUGAGAGAAUCGAUAUCAGCGGAACAGCGGCUGGUCAUUACCAUAAGGUAUCUAUCAAGUGGUGAUGCUCAGCAAUCUUUAUGCUAUUCCUUCCGUAUUGGCAAAUCAACAAUAUCAUCAAUUAUUUUGGAAACGUGUAUUGCAAUCUACGAGCAGCUCAAAAUCAAGUAUUUGAACGCUCCAAAUUCGCAGGAAGAUUGGCUAAGAAUUGCAGAUACCUUUGAAGCGAAUUGGAACAUGCCACAUGUAAUAGGAGCAAAAGAUGGGAAGCAUAUCAGGAUCCAAUGUCCAAAAUUCACAGGCACACAAUAUUAUAACUAUAAAGGUUUUUUUAGUUUAGUUUUAAUGGCAGUUUGUGAUUCAAAUUAUUGUUUCACAAUGUAUGAUGUGGGACAAUUUGGAAGCAACAAUGAGAGUGGGGUACUGGCCAAUUCAGCAAUGGGAAAGGCAUUGGAAGAAGAUGCAUUGAAUGUUCCCAAGGGCACGAUUAUUAAUCAAAACACCGGAGCAGUUCCUUUUUAUCUUGUUGGAGAUGAAAUUUUUCCUCUUAAAACUUGGUUAAUGAGACCCUACCCUGAAUCUGUUCUUACCAGUGAAGAAAAGAGAAUUUUUAAUUAUCGGCUUUCCAGAGCAAGAAGGGUAAUUGAGAACGCAUUUGGCAUCCUUAGCACCAGAUGGAGAAUCUUUCACAAGCCCAUCAAAGCUACCGUUAAAAAUGUGGAAGAUUACACUCUCGCUUGCCUCAGUCUUCAUAACUAUUUGAGACAAACCGAAAACGCUAUGUAUACUCCGCAGGGUUUCCUUGACUCUGAAAGCAAAGAUGGUCAGAUUAAGGAGGGAUAG